AUGAAGGAGGAGAAGCGUAGCCCAAAGGAAGAGGAUGAGAAGGUGGAGAAUGCGGAGGAGAAUGAUGACUAUGAUGAUGAUUUCUUCUCAGCUGUCUCCGAGCUGAUGAAGCAUCACUGCCCCCACCCUGGCCCCCGACCCUUCAUCUGUGGUGACUGUGGCAAGAGGUUCAGGUGGAGGUAUGACCUCACGCGGCACUGCCUCACCCACAGCAGUGAGAGAUCCUUCACCUGCAGGGACUGUGGCAAGAGCUUCAAAACCAGCUCCAACCUCACCAUCCACCGCCGCAUCCACACCGGAGAGAAUCUGUUCCCCUGUGCUGAGUGCGGCAAGAGCUUCACCACGAGCACUUUAUUCAUCCAGCACCAACUCACCCACAGCAGUGAGAAAUCCUACAGCUGUGCCCACUGUGGGAAGAGCUUCACACAGAGCUCCACCCUCAUCAAGCAUCGUCUUGUGCACACUGGUGAGAAGCCUUUCACCUGUGCUGACUGUGGCAAGAGCUUCACCUACAGGUCCAAUCUCACCGAGCAUCGUCGUGUGCACACUGGUGAGAAGCCUUUCACUUGUGCUGACUGUGGCAAGAGCUUCACCCGCAGGUCUAUUCUCAAAAAUCAUCGCCGCAGCCACACCACUGAGCAGCCCACAGUGCUGGGAGGCACAAGCAGAUCCAGCCAGGGUCUGUUGGGUUAAUGGUGACCCCUGAAAGGGCCUUUCCAGCAGAUUGAACCAAAAUCACCUCUUUUUUCACCUGCAUUUGUCAGAGGCUAGGGACUGCAGCAGGAUCAAACACCUCCUGCCAUUUUGAACACCAAUCAGUGCUGAUGAGAACAAUUA